CAUAUGCCACUGCCCAUACUCUUCUAAGUUGGAAAAUAUUAGACUUCAUAGAAUUUGGUGUGGGAUCACUAAUGGACCGAUAUCGUGGUCUUUGCAUUAUGCUCCUAACCAUCUUUGGUGUCUCAUCAGGAUCGCGACAAAAGUCGUAUCAGGAUUUUGUGGAUACGCACAACUCCAUCCGGGCCGAGGUCGGGGUCGGGCCGCUCACAUGGAAUGACACUGUGGCGGCUUACGCCCAGGAGUACGCGAACGAGCGGAUCCACGAUUGCAAUCUAGACCACUCGAGGGGGCCCUACGGAGAGAACCUGGCUGAGGGAUACGGCGAGAUGAGUGGAGAGGAUGCGGUGAAGUUCUGGGCAACCGAGAAGCCGAACUAUGACUACCAUUCGAACUCAUGCGUAGGGGGUGAGUGCCUGCAUUACACACAGAUUGUGUGGAGUAAGUCGGUCCAUUUAGGCUGUGCGAGGGUGAAGUGCACCAAUGGCUGGAUGUUCGUGAUCUGCAACUACAGCCCUCCGGGGAAUUACGUAGGCGAGCGCCCGUACUAAUAGUUUCUAUGCAAGGCACUCAUAGCAAGACUUUAAAUUUGGUCCGGAUGGCACAACUAUAUAUUGAAAUCGUCAAAUUAAUUGUGAAUGCCUGAAAGUACUCUUCUAUAAGUAAUACUGAUUGGUAUUUGGCUAAUCUACAGAAAUGUUCGAGGGCAUUCAUAAUGUAUCCCAUCUACAUCAUAUAUAUAUAUAUAUAUUGAAUAUUUUAUUGA